CGUAGAAGCGAGCCUGCAGCACUCUUUCAUUUUUACUUUCACCUAAGUUGAAUAGCGCGAGAACCAGCUGUAAACACUUUUUUUUCGGCAUCCUUCGUAUCGAUACCUAAAAAAGGAAAUAAAUCGAAAUGGCCGGAGCAGCAGCUCCUGCUUCCCUGUCUUCGUUGACGAUGAAGACAAGACCUGUGUCGACGACCACACGGCCUCUGUCCGGCUCUACUUCUGGCACGAUGACCGCCGACAAGUCGGAUAAAAGAAGAAGUGUGGUCGUGCCCCUUACUUUCACAACUACUGCAGGACGAGCUCCUCCUUCCUCUGUGGCCGGUGCGUGUUUGCCCUUGGUAUUCCUACUUUAUUCCGGACAAUUUGUUCUUGAGCAUCAUACCGAUGAAAAAGCACCUGGUGCUCAUCUAGUAUUUUUCCCGCAGCCCGUGGAAGCCUUCCGCUUUCUCCAAGACAGGAAAAUCGGCCCCAAGAAAGGACGCGACCUACCUCGAAGGAAAAAUAUUGUCGCAGCUGCGAGAACAUCAAGCAGCAGCUCUACAACUUCGGGUAGAAGUAGUGGAGACGGUUCUUCAGCACCUGCUUCGUCAACCGAAAGAGCGUCUUCUUUCGCAACUACUUCUGCUCGUGGCAUCAAGCUUCACCCAGCAGCAGCACCGGUAUUAAAAGGAAAAACCGAUGCGGAUCAUGUUGACCUAGGCAAGGAACUACACCAAGAAGAAGACCCUCAGGAGGUACGGCUAGCAGUUCGAGGUGGUGGUGGACCCUUGUCCCCGUCGUCAAAUGUUGUACUUGGCGAGGCGGCCCAGGAGGAAGACGAUGACGAGUCCUCUGAAGGUGGUACAAGAAAAACUCUUGAAGCGACGUCGAGCCGCGUGGUUGAUACCCAGUCGGAACAAGCAACAUCGUCUACAACUUCCGGGAGCAGAUCUACAUCUUUCUCUACUUCCGUUCUGGAACUACAACAAAAUGAAGGCAGCGAUGGUUCUUGUUGCGGUGACCUGCUUGGUGGCACCUCCGACGGCGAGGCCAACAACUCGAAAGAAUCGAGCAGAGUCGGUGGGGGCGCCGGCUCCGGGUCAGAAGCGCCGCGGGACGACGAGGACCGACUGGAUAGUCUCGGCAUCUCCGGGGAGGAGUCGUAUGCGCCGGGCGACAUUGUCAUCGAUAACACGCUGGGACAAGGGGCAAACCUGUAUGCGCCGGUGGACAAUGGCGAGGUGUCUGAAACACUGUCGAUCAGUCCGGAGGCGAAGGACUGGAUGGAGGAGGUGGGUGGGGACUUGGAAACCUGCAACGCGCUGCACCUCUGGCGACACCCCCAGGACGCUUUGAACGUGAUUCUCGCGCCUUCCGGGUUUCGGCUGCGGGGGCACCCGGACUUUAAACAAAAUGACCCGGUGUACGACGAAACAGCAAGAUGGGAGCAGACCGUGCGCGACAUUUACUUCUACACGAUCCAGCACCGCCCGUUUAACCCCCGGGAUGUGGAGCAAAUCAACUAUUUCUUCGUGUCCGCCGCCCACCCGUGGGACGACGACCACUUUUGUUCGUUUGCGCCCAAGGAGAAGCCCUGGAACACGCUGCAGGGGCAGUGGAGCGACCUGCAGCACGACCAGUUUAUGUGCCGCAUCCACCAACACCCGCAGUACGGGAACGCAACGGAGAACGCAAUUCAGGUUCUGGUCACCGACCACUGCGCCUCGAAAUUGCCGACGAUUAAAGCGAUCAUGCUGAUCCAGAACCUACGCGAGGACCGGCGGGACCCCGAUUACUGGCACGCGGGGAUGGCGAGCAGUCUGAACUCCAUCGGGUACAUGACCCGCAACCCCUACUACCCCGAACUGGCCAAGACCCAGGACGCGGAGGUCUUCGUGCACGAACUCUCGCAUGUGUGGUUCGCUUUAGCCGAUGAGUACAACUUAUGCAUUCUUGCAAAAGUAGUAUCGUACUUCCAGCCGUGCAAAUCGCAUUCUUCCAAAUGAUCCUUUCAUAUGAAAAAAAGGAGUUGUGAUGCAAAAAAACGCUGAGAACACAUUUUUGUUCUGUCAUGCACAUCUGCAAUUAGUACUGGAGGAGCGCGAUACUUUUGUCAAGUGGAUACCAGUACGCGGUGAGCAUGUCGAACCCGAAUGAGUAUGACAACUGCGACAACCAAGGUUGCGAGAAUAUGCAACAAAAAAACUGUGUAAGUGGAACUUUCUUGGAGGAACAGCAUCACAAGCUUGCUCUGCAUGACCACAGAGAAAACUACUACCUGUCAUGCGUAGCUAGUACGUGAAAACACGUACGAAAAGUGCCUCUGAUGCAUGUCCAGCAUGACAGUUGUGACUGUCUUGCGCCGUCUGCAACACAAAGUUACACUUACACAGUUUUUUUCUUGGAUAGAGAAGUGGCAGGAUCUAAUUGACGCGGACCUUCCGAAUAUCGGGUGCUACUCCGACCGCUGCUUCGACAAGAACGGCGACGGCAAAGGAGAGUACUUUGCGUCCUCGGAGAAGUCCCUGAUGCUGCAGCACGGGUCGACCGCGGACUUUGGGCCGCAGGCGGAGCGGAUCAUUUGCUGCAAGUAUCUGACCAUCUUCGCGACGGAUCCGCUGCCAAGGUUCUGUGCGGCCUUCACCAAUUACGCCAAAGGGCUGGACCUGCUGGACUACUGCGAAAACCGGGUAAACUAUCCAACGAAAAAAGUGUAGUUACAGUUACACACUUGGUGAUCGAUGGUGGAACUUCAGCAACGCAAAUUUUCUCUGCAUCACAUAGAACAAAACUUGCAAUGCAAAGAUCACAAGGGAAAACACGUAUGAAACGAGCAGGCUCGAAAGCAUUUCGUGCAUGACAAAGGUUGUCUGUCUUGCCGGUCCUGCAACACAAUGUGUAAACUGUAACGCUUUUUUCUUUGCAUAUCAACACGCAAUUCAUGGCCAUCCCGCACAUCCAGAAAAAAGUGAUUCCUGGGCUGGAGGGGACGACGUCGGCCUCUGCCGCGUCCUCUUUCGCGUCACUGGCAGUCUUGGCAGGACCAGGAGCAGAUCGAGAGGAGAGCGGUGAGAUGAACAAUAAAUUGGAUACGUCGACGGGCGCGGCUGCCGAGACGAGCGAGAACACCGGCGAAGAGAUCGUAAAACAAGCCAUCAUCAUCAACGCCCGCCGUUCCGGCCGCGGUCGCCAACCAUACGAGAUGAGCGAAGAAGGUAUGAAAAAACACCGCCAGGAAGUGAAGACCACGAGUGCGGUGAUGCAGGGAACGGAAGCGGUGACCCGGGUGGAGCAUUAUGUUGUUCGCCCCAUAAAGCGGAAACUCGCCAUGGUCAUGACCAAAAACACACUGCCCGCAGCUCUCGAGGCUUUGGAGAAGGAAUUACGCGUUCCCGAGGCGGAAAGAAAUAGUACUACGGGCUGCCCAGCAACCACAAGAACAUCCACUGCAACAGAAACCUCAGAGACGUCCACCGAAGAUGUUUUGAGUCAAUGCAAAAUCGACUUCGUGAAGCACAGCCUCGCACUAAAACUGGAUAAGAUGACAAAAGAUUUGAAGAGAAUGAAGAGGCGGCGAAUAGGACAAUUCAAAAAUAGGCGGUAUAAUAAUCCAGGAGAAGGAACAGGUGGCAAUGCGCCGAACAGUGAACGCAGGGCGAGACAGUGGCGGCAGCUGAACACACGGAUACAAAACAAGGAGCUGAACAGGAAAAUUUUGUGCGGGAUUUACAUGCGGAUGGAUGCGGAAAUGAUUCUCGGUAGAUGGCAAGAUGGACGAAGAGAUAUUGUGCUCCCGCGACUGAAAGCUGUGGAAACGUCGCGUCAACUCUGUAAAGAUUUCACAAAGAUGUUACCAAGCAAGGCCAAGGUGGAAAAACCAGGAGGACAGAUGAAAAUGUUGAGUACUAAAAAGUUCUCUGAUCAUCAGACGGGUGCUAGUGCGUCGUCGGCAAACGCGGACGAUCGCGACGGAGUUCUUGCAGAUGAAGAUUCGAACUCCGCUUCUUCACCCGCCGAACAAGAUGUGGAAGUAGAUGACGAAGAGGAUGCCGUUGCCGAAUCUUCGGCUGGCGACACCUCCGAGUCUUCUUCUGUUGACAAAGCUGCGUCAUCGUCGACGGUGCAGUUGAGUGAUGAUGAGGACAAAAAUUCCACGUCCGACGAGGACGAGGACGACGUGGAAGGCCAAGACGAGGGCUUUGUUACUCUCAUGAGGGAGGUUGUCAGCGUGGACAUCAUGAGGGAAGUCCGCGCUGUCUUCGACGGAUCUAGUACAAGAACGGCACGAGCACAGAGGAGGAUGAAAACGUCUUCCGGCGGAGGAAAUUAUAUGAAAGCCUCGGAUGAAGAAAUUCCGAUGGCCGUGCCGCCCCUCCAGGAGUCGCAGAAGGAGCAGCGUUCGAAAAUCCGCAAUACUGUGGACUUUGACAAACAGGGGGCGCGGUUUGCCACCGCGGACGAGCGGCUUUUCCCGAACGGGAUUCUCGCGUGGGAAGUGGUGCGAACGGAGGUGGUGGAGGAAGGGAACGAAGCAGGGAAAGGAGGGAACGAAAAAGACGAGCAGCAUGAAGAAAAAACUAGAACAUCCAAACCGACGCAGCUGUCCCACACCUGCCGGCUCGUGCCGGAGCGGAAAAACUUGCGCACGGGGGAACCGGUUGGCCCAGAAAGGCGGUACGGCUCUUACCCCUACGCAGCGCUUUACGGGGAAGACGUGGAAAGCUGUGGGAUGCUGGGAGUAGAACCCCGCGGGGCAGCUGCUGCCAACAUGGAAAUAAAUUACGGCUGCGUAGUGGAUCCAGUGGCGAAAGUCGUGCCCGAAGCCUUGCGGCGGGAUCGAAAAUACCUGAAGCUCUGCAUCCGGAAGAAGAAAUCAUUGUCCACGUCGACUGAUGGCGUUGUCAAAACGAGCGAUGAAGAAGAUCCGAAAUGUGAAGCAAACAACGCGUAUCAGCUGACUUUCUGGCAAGAGCGGUAUGAACUUUUGGAACACCUGCGAACGGAUUCUACUAAAAAUGUUACUACCGAGCAGCUGCAGCAGCAGGGGAAGAACGUCGAUAAGCACGACACGCAGCACGGGGAAGUGAUGCGAAUUCCGAACAACCAGAUUCCGGUGUUGUUGGACCAGCUGGAAUAUGCAUUGCACAAAUAGCGUACUCGUAGUAAUCGCAUUCAUGCAUUACAAAUCUCAUUGUCAUUCUCAAUGUAGAUCCGCAUUACAAAUGUUAUUUCUCAUGCUGAGGAUGUAAUUUGUCAUGCAAUUUAUUUUUAUACUAGUGUAGUAGUGCGAUGGUUUUGCACAGCAUAUGGAAUACGCAUUGUGAUUGUACAAGUAGCGACGUACUCGUACUCUACUAAUCGCAGUCAUGCAUUCUUGCAGAUGUCUUUCUCUAGGUAAAUCUGCAUUUUAGAAAUUUGAAUUUCAUUUUCUGAGGAACAUCAAACUUGUCAUGCGAUAAUUUGUACGAGUGCAAUACUUUUGCAAUGCAUAUCGAAUCCUGCGAGGUCUUGGAAGUGGACCAAGUACUUCUGCUUGAGUCGACGCAGGAAGAAGAAACGCAAACGUAUGCGGUGUGAUGGAGCAGGAGGUGAGGUGGGGAUAUGGCUAUCGGCGCAUGACAAAUUUGAGGAGAGCCGAAAUCCAGUCAGUAAUGCUGUUUGUGGAAGGAAGACGCCUUUGGUUUUGCUACUUUAGCAGCUCUAUUUCUACCCCGAAACAGGCUUGCCAUCUGCUUCCCUUGCCUACUCUGCAAGACAGGCAUUCUCUGCGUUGCAUUUUAUGCAUGGCAAACUAUAAUUUCAACUUUGACGAUUUCAAUCCUGACAGAUCCAUAGUAGUGACGAGUCGUGUUCCUGUUCUUGCUUUCGGGUCUGCUUAUUUUCUGGCGCCACUCGUCCAAGGAGCCUGUGCCUGCUAGAGUAUGUUUAUGUAAGAUAGUUUUAAUUUUCCGAGAACUCUACUUUUCAGAAGUUUCGGAUCGCCACCUGCGUAUGAUCGUGAAGCAAAUUAUGUUUGAAUUAUAUCAGUACAAGUCAAGGAAGGAGAUUCAACAUCACUCACACUCACUUUUUUCGUCAGUUAUUCUUUUUCAUCUUUUUCUUUACCCCACACGGCUUACCUUUAGACCCAGAAAGCUGUUUAUUUGGUCAUACUCUUCACAAAAAAACCUCUAGGACCCUAAUCCUCAGUAUCCGUAAAAGUGUGGGUUC